AUUUUUCAGUACCUUUUUUAUUCAUUAAAGAAAUAAGUUAAUUUAAAAUGAGAGAAAUUAUUUCACUUCACGUAGGUCAAGCUGGUGUUCAGAUCGGUAAUGCUUGUUGGGAAUUAUAUUGUCAUGAGCAUGGCAUUUUACCUGAUGGUCGUUUUCCUGAAGGUUCUCACAUUAAUGAUCACUCCUUUGAAACUUUCUUUUCAGAAACUGAAGGUGGUAAGCAUGUUCCUCGUACUGUUAUGGUUGAUUUAGAACCUUCUGUUAUUGAUGAAACUCGUACUGGUGCUUAUAAACAGCUUUUCCAUCCUGAACAAUUAAUUAGCGGUAAGGAAGAUGCUGCUAAUAAUUAUGCUCGUGGUCAUUAUACCGUUGGUAAAGAAAUAGUAGAUAAUGUUUUGGAUCGUAUUCGUAAAUUAGCAGAUAACUGUUCGGGCCUUCAAGGUUUCUUGGUCUUCCACUCCUUUGGAGGUGGUACAGGUUCUGGUUUUGGAGCUUUGUUAAUGGAGCGUUUGUCUGCGGAUUAUGGUAAAAAAUCCAAACUUGAAUUUUCUGUCUAUCCUGCACCUCAACUCUCAACAUCCGUUGUUGAACCUUACAACUCUAUCUUGACUACACAUACUACGUUGGAACACUCUGAUGUCUCUUUCAUGGUUGAUAACGAAGCCAUCUAUGAUAUCUGUCGUCGUAACUUGGAUAUUGAGCGUCCUACAUACUCCAACUUGAAUCGUUUGAUUGCUCAAGUUGUCUCUUCUAUUACUGCUUCUUUACGUUUUGACGGUUCUUUGAAUGUCGAUUUGAAUGAAUUCCAAACCAACUUGGUUCCUUAUCCUCGUAUCCACUUCCCCUUGGUUACUUACGCACCUAUCAUUUCUUCUGCCAAGGCUUAUCAUGAACAAAUGUCAGUCCCUGAAAUUACUUAUUCAUGUUUUGAACCCAAUAACCAAAUGGUCAAGUGUGAUCCUCGUAAUGGUAAAUAUAUGGCCUGUUGUUUAUUGUAUCGUGGUGAUGUUGUGCCUAAGGAUACCAAUGCUGCUAUUGCAGCCAUUAAGACAAAACGUACUAUUCAAUUUGUUGAUUGGUGUCCUACUGGCUUUAAGGUAGGUAUUAACCAUCAACCUCCAACAACUGUACCUGGUGGUGAUCUUGCUAAAGUUCAACGUGCUGUUUGUAUGUUAUCUAAUACAACAGCUAUCGCUGAAGCUUGGGCACGUCUUGAUCACAAGUUUGAUUUGAUGUAUGCUAAGCGUGCCUUCGUUCAUUGGUAUGUUGGUGAAGGUAUGGAAGAAGGCGAGUUCUCUGAAGCUCGUGAAGAUUUGGCUGCUCUCGAAAAGGAUUAUGAAGAAGUUGGUGCCGAUUCUCUUGGUGAUUCUGAAAUGGAAGAAAAUGAAGAAUAUUAGAUAUUUUUAUUGUUUAUUAUCCUCUUAUCUUUUUUACUAAUUCUUAAUAUGUUAAAUUCAUCAUGUAUAAACACAUCAAUAAAAAAAUCAUUUAAUUAUGUUAAAAUUC